CGCCUGCUGUCGUCGCAGAUCCUCGCCGCUGGUGGUCUUCAGUCAACAACUCUCUGCAACCAUGGCCGACACUCCCGUUACCCUGCGGACGCGCAAGUUCAUCCGCAACCCUCUGCUUGCCCGCAAGCAGAUGGUCGUGGACGUCCUCCACCCCAACCGCGCCAACGUCUCCAAGGAUGAGCUCCGUGAGAAGCUUGCCGAUCUGUACAAGUCCAACAAGGACCAGGUCUCCGUCUUCGGAUUCCGCACGCAAUACGGUGGUGGCAAGAGCACUGGCUUUGCUCUCGUCUACGACUCCCACGAGGCCCUGAAGAAGUUCGAGCCUCACUACCGCCUGGUCCGCAUCGGUGCUGCUUCCAAGAUCGAGAAGGCCAGCAGACAGCAGCGCAAGCAACGGAAGAACCGCUCCAAGAAGUUCCGCGGAACUGCCAAGACCAAGGGCCCCAAGAAGAGCAAGGAUUAAAUUCCCGGUGUCGUGUGAAGGGGUUUGGAGCUGGACAGUCGCCGGAUGGGCACUUAUGCGGCUGGGAGGAGCGGACCCUGCUGGAUCUGAUGAGAACCGCGGGCGUGGUAUUGGUUGGUUGGUUGAUGUCCUACACUCAGCAGCAACAUCAGCAACAAUGUUACGCCCGUUUCAUUAUCAGACACCAUGAUAUUAAAAGGGAGA